AUGGUUGAGAAUAUGAAUAGAAGUAACUUUGAAGUGUUGGGAAUGUGUUGUGCUACAGAAGCAACACUGGUUGAAAGAAUUUUAAACCCUCUUCCUGGUGUCAAACAUGUCUCAGUCACUGUUCCUACCAGAACUGUUACUGUGGUCCAUGAUCUUCUCCUUAUUUCUGAAUCACAGAUAGUUGAUGCGCUGAAUACGGCAAGACUUGAAGCUAGUUAUAGGCCAAAGGGAGAGACCAAAAAUGAAAAGAAAUGGCCAGACAUAGUUACAAUGGCAUGUGGCUUGUUACUUUUACUUUCAUUUUUGAAGUAUAUAUACCCUCCUUUGGAAUGGUUGGCUCUUGCUUCUGUUGUUAUUGGAUUUCCUAAAGUUCUAUUAAGGGCAAUAGCUUCUAUUAGAGCUCAUACUCUAAAUAUCAAUAUUUUAGUUAUAUUGGCAGUAUGUGGAACUGUUGCUUUACAAGAUUUUACAGAUGGUGGAGUCAUAAUAUUUCUGUUCUCCAUUGCUCAGUGGCUUGAAACAAGAGCAACUCAUAAGGCAAUGGUUGCGAUGUCAUCUUUAACAAACAUGGCUCCUCAAAUGGCCAUUAUUGUCGAGACGGGGGAACGUGUCGAUGUCAAUGAUGUUAAGAUCAACACCAUCCUUGCUGUCAAGGCCGGUGAUGCUAUUCCUCUUGAUGGAGUUGUGGUUGAAGGAAAGUGUGAAGUUGAUGAAAAAAUGUUAACAGGAGAAUCAUUCCCUGUCACCAAAGAAUCAGAUUCACUUGUCUGGGCUGGAACUAUUAAUAUGAAUGGAUAUAUAAGUGUAAGAACUACGGUGUUGGCAAAAGACACAGUAGUGGCAAGAAUGUCAAGAUUUGUUGAAGAAGCUUCUAGCAGAAAAUCAAAAGCACAAAGAUUCAUAGAUAAUUUUGCAAAAUACUAUAUUCCUGCGGUUGUGUUGAUUUCAGCUAGCAUUGCAUUGGUUCCAGCUGCAUUAAAUGUUCCUGAUAAUGAGACUUGGUUUCAUCUAUCACUUGUUGUUUUAUUGAGUGGAUGCCCUUGUGCUCUUAUUCUCUCCACACCUGUUGCAAUCUUCUGUGCUCUCACAAAGGCUGCAAUAAGUGGAUUACUAUUGAAAGGUGGAGAUUAUCUUGAAACACUUUCAAGAAUCAAGACUGUGGCUUUUGAUAAAACAGGCACCAUAACAAGAGGAGAGUUCGUCGUAACUGAUUUUAGUGUUGCAGAUGAAUUUAGCAAUGAAACCUUAUUGUACUGGAUUUCGAGUAUUGAGAGUAAAUCAAGUCAUCCAGUAGCCGGUGCACUAGUCGAAUAUGCAAUGUUGCACUCUAUCAAACCAGUCCCAGAAAAUGUGGACAAUUUUCAAAAUUUUCCGGGGGAAGGAAUUUUCGGCACUAUUGAUGGGAAGGAUAUCUACAUAGGAAAUAGGAGAAUUGGUCUCAGAGCUGUCUGUGAGAAAGGUGAUUGUAUUCAAAGCCAUGAGAUUUCUACGCCGAAGAAACAAUACGAUGGAGAAACUCUAGUUGGAGUGUUCGGCCUAGUCGAUGCUUGUAGAACCGGUGCUUUAGAGGCAAUAGAAGAGUUGAAGUUAUUAGGUGUGAGAUCAGUCAUGUUGACAGGAGAUACCUCUCAAGUUGCUAUGUAUGUUCAGAGUCAGUUAAACAAUGCGAUAGACAUUGUUCACGCAGAACUUCUACCCCAUGAUAAGGCAAAAAUCAUUGAGAAUUUAAAGAAAGAAGGGCCAACAGCAAUGAUAGGAGACGGCAUAAAUGAUGCUCCGGCACUAGCUACAGCUGACAUAGGCAUUUCAAUGGGAAUAUCAGGUUCAGCUCUUGCAAAUGAGACAAGCAACGCGAUUCUCAUGUCAAACGACAUCCGAAAACUGCCUGAAGCGAUCCGUCUAGCAAGAAAAACAACUAGAAAGCUCAUUGAGAAUGUUGUUAUUUCGGUUGGAUUUAAAUGCUGCAUACUUGCAUUGGCAAUUGCAGGAUAUCCAUUAGUUUGGCUUGCUGUAUUGACUGAUGUUGGAACAUGUUUACUUGUUAUCCUCAAUAGCAUGUUGCUUUUACAAGAGAAUCGCAAAUAUGAAGAAAGAGAAUCAGCCAGGUCUAAAUAUGGCAAGUUUUUGGAGGAUAAGACUAAACCAUUACUUAACAAGCAAAGUAAUAUUGAUGAAGAAAAAGGACUUAUUGGUGGGGAAGAGUGUGGUAAAGAGUGUUGUAUAAAUGUUACUCGUCAUGUGGAAACUUCAAAAGAAAACAAAGAUGAAUCUUGUGGAGUUUCAAAGAUGAGUUUACUCAAUGGAAAUGAGAAUGGAAACUUUAUGUUUGUUGAAGUUCAUGUUGUGAAGCCUUGCAAUGGUUGA